AUGGCGAUGGUGAUGGCGCGGGCGGAGAACGCGCGCGCGCUGCUGCAGCCGAACGACGAGGAGGACGAGGCGUUCUUGGCCAAGGCGCGGGAAAACCGCGCGCAGAGGAUACAGAGCGAGGUGGCGAAGGAGAAAAAGUACGUCAACGAUACGGGGUAUAAACAAGACGAACCGACCGCGAAGGUGCAGUUGGCGGUGUAUAAAUUGUCGAAGAGCGGCGCGCAAAUCGCGAGCGGGAACCUGAGCGACGCGGCGAGCGAACUCGGCAAGGGGGAUUGGGUGACCUACGCCGUCGACGGCGCCAAGGCGUUGAACGCGUCGAGCGAUGGAAGCGAUUUCGCGUCGAGCGUCAAGGCGCUCGAAAAGGCGUGUGAGAACGGUGACGACGCCGCGGCGAAGUCGGCGUAUCGCGCGAGCGCCGAGGCGUUAAAGGCGCUCGCCGCGAGCGCGGGCGUCGCCGACAAGCUGCGAUUGUUGUGA